AUGAAAAGCCCCUAGUGAAAAUAAAUGACAUAUAGUUUGUCAACCUACAAAUCUAUUUUAAUUUAAUUGUUUUUAGUUUUUAUCUCUGUUUUUCCCACAAACUUUUUUUUUUUUUUCAUGAUAAUUUUAUGAUUUUUGAAAAACAAUUAAUUAGAGACCAACAACAAGUCCCAAAGCACACGGGGGACUGAUAUAAAAGGCCCUUUUGCUCCUCACAUCUUUCUCUACCAUUGGCUUCACAUAUUUUUGCUGCUCAGCAACGCAAUAUAUUCUUUGUUGGGCUUCCUCUGUCAGGGCAGACUCUCUCAAGAUCUGCCCCCUUUUCCAAUCCUUCUCUGAUUUCUACUGUAAGCUCCUUCUUCCUUUUUCCAUGUUAACGUGUUUUGAUUCGUUUUGGAUCAUAAAUCUGUGUGUAUUUUGUUGUGUAAUGCUUUUGGAUUCAACUGCUGUUCGUGUGUAGUUUUAGAUCUGUGUCUGUUCGGAUCUGAUCCCUUUAUUUAGAUCUCGUUUCCGUGAAAAUUGUGUUUGUUUUGGGUGUUUUGUUGGUUGAGUUUGAAUCCUGUUUGAUUGAAUACGAUACAGAUGUAUACAUAUAUGAUAUAGAAAGGUUGGAUCUUUGUUAGUGGGUGAUCUUGGUCGAUGUUUACCGGGCUCUCGAUCCUAUGUGUUUGUUUUGAGAAAGGGAAAAUCGGAAGAGGGUAAAGAGGGUUGGGCUUUAACUUUGAUUUCCGAAGCUUGUCGUUUAGGUCGUGAUGUGAUGUGAUGUCGUGAAAUUAUUUGAAUUCUGGGAUGGGAUCAACUUCUGGAAAUGAUUUUUGUGACAUAGGUAAUCAUUGCAAUUUCCAAACGUGGAUUGAAAUCCAGGGUGUUGUGAUCAGCUUUGAUGGUUUGAUGAGUGUUUUAUUACUGUUUCUUCUUAUGAAAAUUUGCCUGUUCACCUGAUGAGUUGUUUCUUCUCUUACCAUUACUUGGAUGUGUGAGCUUGGAAAAUUUUGGCCACUGAAACUUAAUUUUGAUAUUGUCUAAAAGCAAAAUGUUAAAUAGUAAAAGAGGAAAUGAAAUUUAGUUUUGGUUGUUAGAUUUCUCUCUGCAUAAAUUGGGAUCUAGAUCGGAUUUUGUGUUAAGGGAUUCACAUUGCUUGGAGAUUGUAAAUUAUUCAUCAUUACCUAGUACCAUUCUCUUUUGUAGAUCUUAUGUUCUUUAGAGCCUUGUUAGCUUUUUGUUUCUAAGAGCUAAUUUUUAACAGCUAACAUCUGGUUGUGCAGGCGUACGAACAUUCCAAGAUGGGUUUAUCAUUCACCAAGCUUUUCAGCCGGCUUUUUGCCAAGAAGGAGAUGCGUAUACUGAUGGUGGGUCUCGAUGCAGCUGGUAAAACUACCAUAUUGUACAAGCUCAAGCUGGGAGAAAUUGUUACAACCAUCCCUACCAUUGGAUUUAAUGUGGAGACUGUGGAAUACAAGAACAUCAGCUUUACCGUGUGGGAUGUUGGGGGUCAAGACAAGAUCCGACCAUUGUGGAGACAUUACUUCCAGAAUACUCAAGGACUUAUAUUUGUCGUUGACAGCAAUGACAGAGAUCGUGUUGUUGAGGCUAGGGAUGAGCUGCACAGGAUGUUGAAUGAGGUAGUAAAUCUGAAUAAAUCAUACUCUAUUACUUUACCAUUAUGUCUGCUGGGAGAUGUCGGAGAGUUGUGACAUUAGUUCCUGCUUUCUGCUGAUUAGUUUCAUAUUAGCAGUAGGUGCUUGAUUGCUACUUCCUCUCGGAAUGUAGCUUUUAUUGAACUGAUAAUGUAGCUUUUAUUGAACUGCAAUUGGUGUAGGAACUUAUGAUUGCACUGAAGAUUAAAUAUAUAUUGUUAACAUUGCAAACAUGAUUCUAAUUUAUGACUGAUGAACCAGGAUGAGCUGAGGGAUGCAGUCCUCCUUGUGUUUGCCAACAAACAAGAUCUUCCAAAUGCAAUGAAUGCUGCAGAGAUCACCGACAAGCUAGGCCUCCACUCCCUUCGUCAGCGUCACUGGUAAUCUAGUCUCUCUUAUUCUGCACACACACAAACUAACACUCACAUGCACACAUCCAAACAUUAUAUGGUAUUGUGUAGCCAUUUUAAGUCUCGUUCUGAAAACUCUUUAUUUGUCUUUUGCAGGUACAUCCAGAGCACUUGUGCUACCUCUGGGGAAGGGCUCUACGAAGGGCUUGACUGGCUGUCUAACAACAUAGCUAACAAGGUAGGGAAUGCAACUUGAUUAUUCAGAUCCUUUAGAGUUUAUAAAAGCAACUUGGUAUUCGAUCCUUAUAGUUCAAAGCGACUUGAUAAUGAUUCAUGGCUCAAUAUGUGUUGCAGGCCUAGAUGAUGAAUGAUGGAGAUGAAGAGACAUCAUACUUCAUGAUUUUGCAGAUCAGUCUUUUGCCUAAGUGGACACCACAUAUUUCCUUGUUAUAUUAUUAUAUUUCAUUCGUCUUGCAUCUGCAAGAUCAAACUGCGUUUAUUCCGUUUAGUGGUCUGUAAUUCCGUAUACACUUCGACAUUUUGAUCUCUGAUUAGUUUCAGACAUAUUGUUAAAUGUUAAUGGGUAUAGUUGUGCAGUCGGCUCUGCAUUUUUAGUCCAUUAUUUCCAAUCAUUCUUAUUCCGUUUUCUCGGCUGAAUUCAAGCAGUAUUUUUAUUUUUCUUUUAAUACGCUUGGUACCAAUUCAUUUGUCAGCAAUC